AGUUUGCACCAGCUCAGUCUCGCCACAAAGGCUAUGGAUUCAGAAUCAAAGGACAGCUUUAUAGGAAGCUUUCUUCAGCCACCAGAUAAAAUGAUUCCUGCAUCCUUCGCUUAUACAGAAUCAAAGCAGUUGGCAGCUCUUGGAGUUGACAUGCCUUCUAUCUCCAAUAACCAAGCUGUGGUGGCAGCCCUGAGAACUCUUCAAGAAAAGAUACACCGUCUAGAGCUGGAGAAGUCACAAGCUGAAGAUAAUCUGUGCAGCCUCUCCAUAGCAGCUGCUCAGUAUAAGAACGCCUUAGAGCAUGAAUCCUACAAAAAAGACACAGCACAUCAAGAACUGAUGCAACAGAGGAAAGUUAUAAGUGUGCAGUUAAAUGCAACACAAUCCCGCUGCUCCCUGCUGGAGAAACAGCUGGAUUACAUGAGGAAAAUGGUUUCUAGUGCGGAACUGGAAAAGAAAAUGGUUUUAGAACAACAGACCCAGCUUCAGAAAGAGAAAGAUCAGAACCAGGUGGAACUGCAUGCCAAACUUGAAAAACUUGAAGUACUAGAAAAAGAGUGUCUUAAACUUACUGCUACUCAAAAAAUUGCAGAGGACAAAAUCAAACACUUAGAAGAAAAGCUUUCUAAAGAAGAGCAUCAGCACAAGCUAAUACAAGACAAAGCUACUCAGCUUCAAAAAGGAUUUGAGAUAAGCAGAAUUUCGAUGUCUUCAGUAUCAUCUGAAAAUGAACGUAAAAAGAAAAAAAGGAAGAAAAAUAAACCUAAGAAGCAGAAAAAUCCUACAAUGAAGAAAACACACCCUUCACAAUUUCACGUAAAGGCGGGUGUACUACCUUUUGUGGCUGGGAAGUCUGUCAGCUCCAGUCAUUCCGUUAGUGCAAAUGUACAAAGUGUGUUGCAUAUUAUGAAGCAUCGCUGUCCACGUAUCACAUCACAAAGACAAGAUGGAGCUACACCUGGGAUUUCAGGACAAACUGCUCUUUCAAAACCUGUAUCCUCUUGUUCUACAUCAUCUACUGUCACUGGAAAUCUUUCCGACCUUCUCUUGGCCAUACAAGAUGAGAUGAGACAAAGGAGCUUUGAACAUCAAGAACUUCUGAAGCAGAUACAGGAAACUCAGGACUCCAAAGUUCAGGAAGAUCUAGAACAGAAGCUGAGCUGCCUUGUAAAACAAAUGAACAUUAAAGAAGAACAAAUAUCCAAGCUGAAGAAGCACCAGACUAGCGUGCAGAAAUUAAAGCGAAAGACUCAGAAAUUGAAACAAGAGGCAGCUCAUGUCAAACUAAAAUCUGGUAACCAAAAGGAAGCAAAGGAGAUUACAGUCACUGUAAGGCAAAGUAUGUCCAAAUCUCGUGCUGGACAGAAAAGUAGCAGCUCCCUUCAGCUGCUAAAAAAUGUGCAGAAGCUUCAGUUGGCACUGAAAAAAGAUGAUAUUAUGUGGGAACAAUAG